AUGCCUGUGCUGACGCCCCUGCUGCUGAGAGGCCUGACAGGCCUAACCCGGCAGCUCCUGGUGCUGUGGGCCCAGAUGGAUUCCAAACCGCCACAGGAGCAGCUGGGGGUCACGGAUGUCACCACUGGGCUCACCUCCUGCUUCCUGUGUUUCUUCUUGUCAUCAGGCUGGGUCCUGUCACAUCUGGAGACCUACAAGAAGCAGGAGUGA